ACUUAAGCUUAGCGAAAAUGUCGAUGUGUCCCUUUUAGUAAAACAUUUUUUUCGCAUUAAUUAAAGUUACAUUCAAAUAUACCGAGUUGAAAAAAGAAGUAUGGAGGCCUCAGAACCGAAAAAAAUUAACCUAGAAGACUUGGCAAGGGAGGAACUAAUCAAAAAGUGCAAAAACUUAAUUACAUUAGCCCAAAAGGCGAAAUCCUCAAAAGAAACCCUGAAAGAAGAAAUCACUGGCCUUAGAGAGAAGUUGAGGCAACAUGAAAUAUCCGAUGUCACUAAAGAAUUAAUUGAAAGACUCACCGAUGAGAAGUUAGCUCUUGUAACCCAGAAUGAAGAUCUUAAAGCGAAAAUUAAACAGUUAAAUGAGAGGUAUUCCACAUUAGAAACUGAAAACAUUUCAUACUCUAGGCAAGUAAAAAGACUCACUGAUGAAAAUGAGACUUUGUUGUCGGACAUCACAACUUUUGAGGAGCAAAUAGCAGAGCUUAAAAGCAUAGGGAUUGAGCAAAGAAACCAGUUAUUAGAAUUAGAAAAAUCAGGGGGCAACCACAUGAAGGAGCUUCAAAAUAAACUCUCAUUUAGUUUGGAAGAAGUCAAUCAAUUGAAUAAUAGUUUAAAAGAGAAGGAAAAUGAGAUAAGAGAGUUGUCUCAAGAAUUGCAAGCUUUAAAAAUUAUUAGGAAUAGUUCUAGCAAUAAUGAUUGUGAUAUUAAGUAUAGGAAUAUAGAAAGUAUGAAUGAAAAACUUAAAAAUAAAGUUACAUUAUAUCAUUCUAAGCUUAAAAAGUUUGCUUUUACUAUUAAGGAAAUAAGGGAAGAGAAGAAUCAAGUUAUAGAUGUUUUCAAAAAAUAUACGGACCAGAUAAAAGAUUGGAAGGAACAGUUAAGUAUUGCCAGUUCGCACUUAAUUAAACUUGUCAAUGGGCUUGAGCAUGAAAAUGAGAGCCUUAAAAAAGACAGACAUGUAAUCAGUGCAAAAAUUGAAGAGCUUAAUAAGUACAUAGAUGAUUUAACAAAUAAAAUCAAAAUGAAGCAAGAAUUAUUAGACAAUGCUAUAAAAACUAAUCAAAAUAUAGAGAGUGAGAAUAUUAAACUUAAGGAAUCAUUUGAUAAAAUUCAAAAUGAUUUGCUUGCUAAACAAACACAGUAUAAAGAAACUAUUGAAGAUUUUGAGGCAAGCCAGAAAGAUGAGGUUAAUAAAUUAAAUGAUGCCCUCAAAGGGUCAACUAAAGAAGUUUCAAGGUUGAUGGAACUAAAUGCAUUUUUAGAAGAAGAAAUUAAAAAACUGAAUGCAACACUAUUAAGGUACCAAACAGACCUGAGCAGUCUUAAUGAAGAACUACAAGCCAAGCAAAAAAUCUUGGAAGAUACCAUAGAAAAUGAGAUAGAGAAAAAUGAAAUUGCUGCCUUAAACAAAAUUAUCAAUUCCCAACAAGAACAUAUUACCGAUCUCACAAAAUCUAUAGAAACUGAAAAGCAGUUUGCAGAAAAAUCAAGUGAAGAGAUUCUAAGGUUGGCUCAAACAAAUAAAGACUUGGAAGCCACCAACAGUGAACUUCAACAAAAACUUUUAUCAUUUGUCAGUAAAACUUUUGAGGAUUCACUAUGUCAAACUGAUGAAGAGCACAUGGGCGAGGAAAUUGGAAUAAAUCACAAAAGGGAAAAUGCUGAAUUGCUUUCCGAGAUGAACCAAAUGAACCAGGCUCUAAAAGAGAGAGGAGAAAUUAUCUCCAAGCUGGAAGCCCAUUGUGAGGAAAUGAAAAAGAAGUUACAGCUCUUUGAAACUCAAGCAAGCAAGAAUAUUGACUCCUUAACAGAGAAGGAUGAAACUAUUAAAACUUUAUCUGAAGAGCUUAAUUCCUUGAAAAAUCUUAAUGAAGAAAACCAUAUUAUCAAUGGAUUGAGGGAUGAAAUAGAGGCUCUUAAAGAUAAAUUGAACAGCACAGCAGAAACUAGUUAUGCCGAAAGUGAAGCAAUGUCCACUUCAACAAUUUCGAGAAGUGAAGAAGUGAACAGGUUGAAGGACCUUGAGGGGCCUUGGGAGGAGAGGUAUGGAAAAUUAAGAAACUUGGCAUUGAAACAGAAGGCAAAAAUUAAGGAGCAAACAAUUACCAUAACUGAGUUUGAGAAGGAAAGAGAACAACUGUCUGAAGCCUUAAAAGUAUUACAAGCUCAAAUUGACAAUUUGGAAGAUGAAACAGAACAAUUAAAACAAGAGAACAUGCAAUACCUUUCAAAAUUAAAUAGUGUAGCUGAAAAUAUUUCAAAAGAUAAAAUGCUUUUGGUGCAAAAUGAAGAAACUAUUUCAACACUAACCAAAGAAAUUGAGAAACUUAAGGAUGAAAAGAAAAAUGUUGAAGCAUGGAAGAAACAAGUAGGGGCCAAAGUGCAAACCCUAAGGAAAGAGUUGGAAGCUAAAAAUGUGCUGAUUAAAGAUUCUGAAGCCAAAGUAACAAAACUAGAGCAAGAACUAUGUCAUGAGAAAGAACAACUUAAACACACUAAAGAUUUAUUAGACCAAACAACCAAUGAGUGUAAGAAAAAUUCUGUUUUAAACCUGGAAAUGCAGGAUUACGAAAGGAGUGUUCAUGAGCUUUCCCAAAAAGUUGAAAAGCAAAAAACUGAACACUUAAACUUGCAAACUCAAUUAGAAAGUCAAAGAGUAACUAUAAGUGCUUUAAAAGAACAGAAUAAAUUGCUAGAAGAGAGACUUCGGGAAGAGAGUGAGAGUGUUGAGAGCAAUAGUGUUGAACUCACUGCUUGUAAAAAGAAUAUUUCACAUAUGGAGGAUGUGUUGCAGCAAAAGGAAGCACAGUUGCAAGACACAAUGAGGCUUCUGGAACAAGUAAGAAGUGAAAAUGAAGAACUGUCAACGGACCUCACAAAAAUCAUUGCAGAACAUCAAAAAUCUCUUAACACUCUGAAGAGUGAGAGAGACCAGUUACGCAAUCAACUAGUGAGCCUCCAUCAGGACCUAAGAGAUUCACAAGACACUCUGAAAUUAAAAGAAGAUGAACUGAGAAACAUCAAGGAAGAUUAUGAGACUUACAAGGUGAGAGCUCAAAGUGUAUUGAAGAAAAACCAAAAUAGGGAUCUGGGUCUUGAGGAAAAAUUGUCCGAGGAAGUUUGUACUUUGAAGGAGCAAACUUGUCAGCUGAAUGAGGAGUUGAAAAGUAUUAGAGACAAGUUGGGUCAAGAAGAGCAAAAAAACAAGGUACUAAUAAAAGAAAGAGAUAACCUGCUAACAAAGUGCAAGGAUCUAGAGACUGAGGUAGAAGAAUUGAAAUCCUACAAUGACCAGCUUGCUGCUAAGCAUCAAAAAGAAUUAAGUGAACAUAUCGAAGCCGUUAGAAAUUUAAAAGUCCAUGCAGAUACCUUAUCGCAGUGCUACAGACAGCAAAUAUCAGAACUGGAGGUCCAACAUAACAGGGAAAUCAUAGAGCUGCAAAGUAAAUUGGAAAAAGCUCCGUCUCCUGUGCACUGUACCUUCCCGGUGCCUCCCAGUAUGCCUCGGGAGGAGGGAGAGGGUUCCGAAAGCGUUGAGAGUAACCCGCUCCCUAAUAAUGUGCAUCCGAUUCCUUUGGAGCGGCUCUUAGACUCAAAAUCUGAAGACGAAGUGAUGGCUCUCAAAAAGCAACUCUAUCAACAGGAAUCCAAAGUGAAUCAUUUGACCGCCCUAUUAUCGGACACGGAGCAGGAUCUCUCGAAACACGUUCAAAUGAAUAAAGUGCUUAAAGAGGAGAUACGAAGGCAGCAAAGGUCCGUAGAGAGGGAAAAACAUGCGGAGAAUUUGGAAUAUUUGAAAAAUGUUGUUUUUAAGUUUGUAACGUUGCAUAAUGGAGACGAAAAGUCCCGAUUGGUGCCAGUAUUAAACACAAUCUUAAAACUCAGUCCGGAAGAAACGCAAAAACUUUCAACGGUGGCGAGAGGCGAUCCCGGAACAAAAGGAUGGACCAGCUACUUACCCACGUCGUGGUCAUCCCCGAAUAAACCACAAUAAUAUUUAUGUAAUACAUUUUGUAAAUAAAUAUUUAUGUUUGAA